AAGCGACAGAAUACGAAUUUUACACUUCCCCGUGCGAAAGGACUACACGCAAUAUGCCAACGAAUUCACAGCAAGAAAACUUCUUCCUAGAAAAAAUGCCCCUUGAAAUGUAUAAAAAGUGGGUAUACUUCCUUUUGUACGUAUCCUUCUGGGGGGUGUUCUUCAUUUUUUAUUCCUUCUUAAGAAAAAUGGCUGCGCCAUUUGACUUCUUCGAUGCGUUUUCGCAACACUCCUGAGGUUAGAUGCAUGGGCACACACCGUGUUCAUAUCGAAGGCCUGCAUAAUGAGGAGCGGACGAGUGCUCCUCUUGUGCCUCCUCAUACUUGCGCAGAUUAACCUUUACGCAUAUGCCAAAAUGGUGCGCAAGGGAGGUUGCACUCCCUUUCUUUCGAAGGCCCCCAAAAUGAGAAGAACGAAAUUGAAAGUUAAGCUCAAAAGCGGUUGUACCUAUCUAACCGGGAUUAAGCCGAGCGGCAGCAUCCACCUGGGGAAUUACAUCGGGUGCCUGAACCCAAUCAUCAACUUGGAAGCAAAGAGGAACGCCCACUUUGAGAAAGGCAAAACAAAAAAGGCGGUGAGGAUAUACAAAAUAAUACUAAUAGCAGAUUUGCACUCCCUAACAAGCUUGGAUAAUCUCCCCACUUUAAAAAAAAACGUCGUCGAUUCGGUUAACACCAUUCUCUCUUUAAUCAUAGACAUGUAUGUAAAAAAAAAAAAAUACAUACAGGUUUUCAUAAAUAAUGUAAAAUUAGAGCAUCUGUUGAAAUUGGGCAACAUAGAUCAGAUGAUGAACGGAGAUAUUUUUCACCAACUCGCACGAGGCAACGGUAGAGAAGGUUACCAAUGUUACUCAUUUUUGAAAGACCCAUCAGGAAAUGAGUGCUCACAGGUGAAGAAUGAUAGGGAGGUCUUCCACGAGUACAACCCCCCCUGCAAUGACGCAGACCCACCGUUUAACCCCCAUGUGGAAAAAAAAGACGAAGAGCACCAACGAACAAACGUGAAAAACAAAAUAAAACAGAAACACUAUUUCUGCAUAUUUAGACAGUCGGACAUUGCACAGCAUACUUCACUCUACUAUUUGAUAAACUCCUUCACUUCAGUUAACAUGCUGAACGCACAUGUGCAUGUGAAGAAUACGCCAAAACACAAAUCCGUGGCGUUACUUUCUUACCCCAAUUUAAUGCUAGCAGAUAUUUUGCUAUACAAACCAGAUUACUUAAUAGUGGGAGUGGACCAAAAAAAAAACACCGAAAUGAUGAAAACAAUUUCGAGAAAAAUAAACUCGUACAUUCCUCAUAUGAUAAGUUUGCCAAAAGUAUUCCCCUCCAAAUUUUAUGUACAAAUAAUGAACCUUGAUGGGCAACAAAAAAUGAGCAAACAUAGCUGUGAUGACCUUUCGGGAAAUGUUCAAAAUGACCAUAACGUUAUUUACCUCUUUGAUGAAAAACACAUAAUAGAGAAAAAAAUUAAAAAAAGUAAAACGGAUAACUGCAACAAUUUAGUGUAUGCCCAAUCUGGCAGGAAAGAAAUUAAUAAUCUCAUAAAUUUGUUCUUCUUUUUUUACCACUACAAGAUGAGGGGCGUACCAAAGGUGAGUCAACCAGGCUGUGAUAUGCCACCGCUUACCCCCCAUGCCAACCAACUAUUCCUAAACAAACAAGAGCAAACUACACAGAAUAAGUCCACAUCUUUUUCCUCCACCUCACAAUAUGAAAGAAAUUACAACCACGAUGUUACCUGCUCAGACGAGGUAUCCCCCCAAGUGGGCACAAAGAAAGGGGACGAAGAAAAUUUUCAUCCCUCCUCACAAAAUAACAUUAAUCCAAAUAUUAACCCCCAAAUUGGAAACCACAUCUUAUCAUGUUACAAAAAUAAUUACGCCACCUUCAAAUAUGAAUUGUCUCAUUUGAUUUACGAGCACUUCGUGCUGCCGAGGUUUGUUUACUCCGUUCUGCAGUCCGAUGGUGGGAACUUGGUUAACCAAGUUUUGAGGGACGGGAGGAAAUGCCUCUCCCGCAGGGCGGCCAAGACGUUCCAGAAUUUCAAAAAAAGGCUAAACAUUUAA